UUUCUCCCCUGAAAAAGAAGGAAGUGAUUGCGCAGUCGGGUCCACGCGCCGGGAGAAGAGGAUAUUUGUGUUUUUUUCUGAGAUUAAAUAAGAAUUUCUCCACAGAUGUGAAAAGAAUUAAACCUGCAGUCUGUGUGUUUAGGCGCCGAGGAUGUCACGUUCUCUGUUUUAAAGACUGGCACGCUCUGGGUUAUGAUGAAACAAGCCAGUGGGUACAGAAGUCAUCAUGAGCCAAAACAAAGAAAAAGGGAAACGGAGGCUCUCCAAGUGGAUGGACUAUGGCACCAUCAAUGGAGAAGGCGAGUGGGACUUGUGCCCUACCUGCCAAGGGACAGGACGAAUACCUAGAGGUGAGGAGGCCCAACUGGUUGCAGUUAUUCCAUGCAGUGACCAAAGGCUGAAGCCUCGUCACACGAAGCUGUAUGUCAGCAUAUCAAUUAUUUUGUGUCUCCUGACCUGUUCCCUGAUCCUCUUCUUUCUGUUCCCUCGGAGCGUGGAGGUGUCCCAAGUUACCCUCCAGUCCUCUAUGGUCUACUUUACAACCGAUGAUGUUGAGAUGAUAAUCACAAACAAACUAAACAUCAGCAAUCAGAAUUUUGUGACAAUCCAAGUUCAUGAUCUUGAUCUGCAAGCCUUGAUUUAUGAAACCGUGGUUGGGAAUAACAAGACCACCAAUGUGACUUCAGUUCUUCCACGCUCUGAGAAAACGUUGACCGUUGUAACUACAAUCCACAUUACUGAUCCUGGCCUGAAUAGUUACUGCAAGUCUACUUCUUUCCGAAUUCACACCUUGUUUUUACAUUUGCAAUUGACUAUAAAGGUGUCCUACCUGUCCCAUGCAGAACAGCUGUCUACAGAUACAUACGAGUAUAUUGAUUGUGGAACAAACUCCACAAUUCCUCGUCCUACGACAUAAGAAAGGACUUCAGCAUAAGAAACCAAAGGAGACAACAGUGAAAGCAUCUUCAGUGUGUCUUGUGUCUCUGUUCUUUCUCGUUGUAAUCAGCUCUGCAUAUCAUUAGUAUCCUGCUCUUAACUGGACUGCUGAUCUUUCACAAGUUAAAUAUUAGCUGAGAGAAAGUGCCUGCUGCCUAUUGCACGCAGCCAUUAGUGGUAUACAUUAUGUUUUCUUAGUUUUACUUAUUAAUGUGAAGUAAGUGUUUGCCAUAUUGUUUUUGUUGAUUUUUUUUGUUGCAAUUUUGAAUAAACUUGUCUAUCUUUAA